CCUUGGCCUUUAUAUUUGGUUUCUCGUGCAGUGCCAUCUCCAGCCCGGCUCCGGCUCCGGCUCCGGACCGGAUCCGACUACCUACCUACUUAUCCGGAUCCGAAGCGCCUCGGAUCCGAACGACCAGACUCCAAAGACUCACUACAUAAAGCGAUACGCAUCCUAGAUAUCCGUCGGUCUAUCAGUCAAUCAGUCAAUCAAUCAACCAAAGUCCCCAUCGCCAACUACUUCAACUUCUCCUUCCUCCUCCUCAAGAACCACCACCACAACCACCACCACACCACACCACCCACGAACAAUGCACAUCCUCAUUUUCGGGGGCAACGGACGGACCGGACGUCUCGUCAUCGCCGCCGCACUAGAAAACGGACACACCGCCACAGCCCUAGUGCGAGACCCGUCCUCGCUCCCCGCCCGCAAAGGCCUCACCAUCAAGCAAGGCACGCCGCUCAACCGCACCGACAUCGCCGCCAGCCUCAGCACGCCCACGGGCGCCGCCCUCCCAGACGCAGUCAUCAUCACGCUCAACGCGCCGCGGGCCAGCGACUCGCCGUUCGCGGCGCCCAUUGCCCCGCCAAGAAUGAUGGCCGACGCGGCCGCCAAUGUCGCUGCUGCGGUGCGCGAGCGGGCGGGGGCAGACGGCGCCGCGCUCCCGAGAGUAGUGACGCUCUCGGCGUUUGGCGUCGCGGACUCCGCGCCCAACCUCAGCUGGCCGUUCCGCCUCGUCCUGCGCCGCACGAACAUGGUGCACCAGUUCGCGGAUCACGACCUCGUGGACGCGGAGACGAAAGCCCGAAAGGAUGUGCCGUACGUGCUCGUGCGGCCAGCAAUGCUAGCCGAAGGCCCCGCGGCGGCGGUCAAAGUAUGGGGAGACCAAGGGGAGGGGGCGCCGUGCUUCGGGAAAGUGACAAGGGCGAGCGUGGCGAGGUUUCUGGUUGAGGUGGCUGAGAGUGAGACCGGGGAGUGGGUGGGGCGGACGCCUGUUAUUACCAACUAG